GCUUGAUAAACACAUGUCAAAGUUGAGGGAACGCAAUGGCGCACACUAGUGUAGUAUCGUGAAACUUCAUAUGAAUCAUGUGAAUUCAUUUAUACUCUUGGUUUGCACUGAUGACAUUGCUUUUUUUCUUUCGGGGUUACAUGAUAUUUGCUAUUUGCAUCCUUUGGAAACUCAGCAGCUGGCAGUUGUAAUGAUAACUGAUAAAGGUCACAAUAAGAGCGGUUUAUUGUGUUCAGAUCUGUUCGGAGCCGAGACUUUGAGAUGAGCUCUCAGAAAAGUUCUUCAGGACCCAAGGGGGACAUUACACCCUUCCAGCAGAUGAUUUCGUCUUGCUCUGGGGCAAUUAUUACGUCACUGUUUGUAACCCCUCUGGAUGUGGUGAAGAUCAGACUGCAGGCACAAAAGAAUCCUUUUCCCAAAGGAAAAUGUUUUGUGUACUGUAAUGGCCUGAUGGAUCAUAUAUGCGUCUGUGACAAUGGCAAUUCAAAGGCAUGGUACAAAGCACCUGGUCAUUUCAAUGGCACUUUGGAUGCCUUUAUUAAGAUUAUACGUAUGGAAGGAAUCAGGUCACUAUGGAGCGGCCUUCCUCCAACACUAAUGAUGGCAGUGCCCGCGACCAUGAUCUAUUUCACAUGUUACGAUCAGCUGUGUGCUGUUCUCAAGGUCAAGAUGGGAGACCGAUCGGACCUGGCACCACUGUUGUCCGGCGCUAUCGCGAGAGUGGGUUCGGCCACAGUAAUCAGCCCCCUGGAGCUGAUCCGCACAAAGAUGCAGGCUGAGAAACAAUCGUACAGGGAGCUGAGCGCCGUGAUCCGGUCAUCGUUGCACAGCGAGGGCUGGCGGUCUCUGUGGAGGGGCUGGGGACCCACGCUGCUCCGAGACGUCCCUUUCUCAGCUAUGUACUGGUUUAACUAUGAGAAGGGUAAAGCCUGGCUCUGUGAAUACAACAGCUGUACAGAUCCAACCUUUGCCAUCACAUUCACAGCUGGAGCGCUGUCUGGAUCGUUUGCGUCGAUCAUCACACUUCCAUUUGAUGUGGUCAAGACAAAACGACAGGUAGAACUGGGUGAACUGCAGACAAUGAACUUGUCCUCACAAGUCUCAUCCAGCACAUAUAAUGUGAUGAAAAGGAUAGUUGCCGAAAAUGGAGUAUCAGGACUAUUUGCAGGUUUUAUGCCAAGGCUGAUUAAAGUGGCUCCGGCAUGUGCUAUUAUGAUCAGCACAUACGAGUUCGGAAAAGCUUUCUUCCGCAGAUAUAACCAGCAGAAACGGAGCGUGACCCGACUGCAGCCCAGCGUAUGAUCUCACUCUGCAAAUCACUGAAUAACAACAACACUUGUUCACAGGCUUUUAGAAUACAGAUCAUUUACCAUAGAUCACUACACAUUUUUCCCAUCUUGUAUUAGUCCUUGGUGUCUGUCUAGCAGGGUUGUCCAAUCCUGCUCCUGCAGAGUUAAUCCCAAUUAAACACACCUGAACCAACAAAUCAAGGUCUUAUUAGGCAUACUAGAAACUUCCAGGCAGGUGUGUUGAGGUUAGCUGGAGCUCAACUCUGCAGGACAGUGGCCCUCCAGGACUGUCUGGACAGCCCUGUUCUAAAGAAAAGUCUAGUUCAUAGACUUGCUGUGAAAUAAAUACUUUUUACUUCUCUAUAUUAAGUAUUUAAAAGGAAUCCUUUAAGGAAUUAAAGGAAUAUCUUCCUCUUAGAUCAAAUAGUUGAAAAUCAAAUAUAAUUUAAUAUUUGCAUUUUGAUAUUUAUUUAAGGAGGUGAUGAAACAUAAACCCUACCAUAUAAAUUUGUCUAUCUCCUGUGAAGAACCUUUUCUUGAAUCAUUGUGAUUGAUUUUAUUCGACCUGUUCAGUCUUGUCAACUUUUUGGUUGUUUAAAAAGUCUUAGUCGUGUUUCAGGAAUUUCUAUGUGUGUAUGGUGCCAAAAAAACCUGAAGCUGUAUGUAUGUAUGUAUUAAUGACACUUAAAUAAUUGAUUUUUAAUUGUUAAUUAGUAGAUUUUCUGACCCUAUGCCUAAAUAGCGACUAUCAACAGUUUUUAAACAAUUGCACUGUGUAAAUGAAUUAACUUUAAGUGCUUCAAUAAUGAAUUAUUUAAAAU